AUGGACGGUCACAGUAUUACGUGGCAAGUUUUACAAGAAGUACAAAGGGUUGUAAAUCGAUUUAAUCAGCAUGAUGAGUACAGUAGAAGGAGUCAAUGUGAUAGGAGAAGGUAUACGAAUGAACGAGAUGAUCGCUUUAUUCAACCUAAUGUUUUACGUGACCGAAGAGUAACUUCUGUGGAGGGCAUUGAUGAGUGGAAAAAUAUCCUAUUUACCAAAGAAGCUAUGUUUUGUUUAAAAUCACCAGACGGUCGUCAAAGAAUCUAUAGGAGAACAGGAGAACGUUUUGAGCAUAACCAUUUUUCGCCCAUGGCGGAGGCUCCGUGUGUGACUGGUUUAGUACGAUUAACAAAAGAAUCUAUAAAGCACAUGAGUGUCCAGAAUAAAGGCCAUGGAGGAAUAGUUAUAAACGCAUUAUCUUUGGGAAAUAUUAACCAGUACGAAAAGUGUCCACUGUUUUUGGGAAUAAAACAUUUCAUUAUUUCGUUUAGCAGAGCUUUAAGUGCUUGUAGUUACGACACUACUUGCGUUAAAAUUAUUACCUUAUGUUUUGACGAAUGUAAAGUUGUAUCAGGAGACAUGAUAAGGUCCAGACUUAUCUCCAUAAGUCGUCAUUGCACGUUUUUAAAAAGACACCCAGUAUAUAAAGUAGUGAAUCAUUUAAUUUCUAAUAUGACGAUAAUUGGAACAAGUUUAGGACAAUACGAGCAUGUAAAAACCUAUUCGAAACUGGAUACUCGCGAAGUCUCGACUUUUGUCUUAACAAUAAUGUUUUUUACUUCCGCUAUGACGCAUGCAGAACUCUGCAACACACAUAGUUUUAGCCACGUCCUCUGGACGGUAGAUGGGGCUGAUUACCUUUUGGUCCAUAUACUUACCACUUGUGUGUUCCACCCUUACUUCCUAAGAAGUCCCAGAAGCCAACUGAAUGGCUUGUGCGGGUUAGGGGUAGGAACGGACCGCGGGCUUAAAGUCCCCUCCGAAGGCUUAUUACCAAUAGGACAAAGACAAAUAAACAGCCAUACCCCUGCAAAGUGGUUUAUAUCACAUCGGUGUUUAAAUAACUUUAAAAUUAAAAAUGAAGAAUGGUUGAAAAAGGAAAUAAUAUUUGAUGUAUCACAAGUUGUGAUUCACAACCAGGUCCAUCAGGUGUUGAGAGACCAAAAAAGCAUUUUUUGGAUUGUACUGAGCGUGCUUAAAGCUGCAAAAUCCCCCGAAAAUUUUGCGAAGAAAAUUGAUAUGCCCAAUGAACAGGCUUUGGCAUUGAGAGCAGAUGCCCAAUUGUCUAAAUAUCAAUAUGAACCAUAUAGAGAUGAUUUUGGGUAUGACAUUUUACCACCCUAUUACAAAGUUCUUGAAGCCAAAAAAGAAUGCUAUCCAGAUGAAAUAGUUGUUACCGAAACAAGUGCAUAA